ACAACCACAACACAAGCGGUUCUUCUGGCCAGACUGGCGACAGACAUUCGUUGUCGAAAGGGAGCGGCUUGUUUAGUUGAAGUGCGUAAGUGGUAAAAUCUGGACGAUUCAUAAACGCAGGGACAUCAUGGCAAGCAGCAAGAGUGAGCUUAUUGUGCAAACCGGCAAUGGACCGGUGCAGGGAACGAGCAAGACCUCGCUGUACGGCGUGGCCUAUGCUAGCUUCCAGGGUAUCCCGUACGCUAAGCCGCCCGUGGGAGAGCUCCGUUUCAAGGAUCCUGUGGCUCCGGCGAAUUGGACCGAAGUGUUGGACUGCACCAAGCAAUGCGAUCCCUGUUAUCACUUCGAUCGCCGGGUGAACCAAAUCGUCGGUAGCGAGGACAGCUUGAGGUUGAACAUCUUCACGAAAACGAUUAAACCAACGAAGCCACUGCCGGUCAUGGUGUACUUGUACGGUGGUGGAUUCGUAGAGGGAACGAGCGGGACGGAACUGUACGGUCCUGAUUAUCUAGUCGAAAAGGAUAUCGUUCUGGUCACGCUAAACUACCGCGUCGGUGCCUUCGGGUUCCUGUGUUGUCAGUCGCCCGAUGCUGGUGUACCAGGGAACGCCGGUCUCAAGGAUCAACGGAUGGCACUGCAAUGGGUGCGUCGCAACAUUGCAAGCUUCGGUGGCGAUCCCGGUUCGGUUACCCUCUUCGGCCAUAGUGCUGGCGGUGCUUCCGUGCAGUAUCACACCAUUUCGGAAGCGUCGAAGAAUCUGUUCGACCGUGCGAUUAUCAUGUCCGGCAGUACGAUGUGCGAUUGGGCACUCUCACCGCAGCGCAAUUGGGUUGAAAAAUUGGCUAAAGCCAUCGGUUGGCAGGGUGAGAGUGAGGGCGAGAAAGCAGCACUCGAGUUUCUCCGCCAAACGGCUCCGGAGGACAUCGUGGCGCAUCAGGAGAAACUAUUCGGACCGCAGGAAAUUCAAGAAGGACUCCUUACACCGUUUGGUCCUACAAUCGAACCGUACCAGAGCGAGGUAUGCUUCAUUCCGAAAGGUCCGCAGGAUAUGUUGCAAGCGGCCUGGGGCAAUUCAAUCAAUGUUAUGAUCGGUGGCACCUCCGAGGAGGGACUAAUAUUGCUCCAGAAAGUAAAACCCAAUCUAGCAGCGAUUUUACAGGAUCCCAGGCUGUUUGCCGGGAACGUGCCAAUGCGCCUGAACAUAUCGAUGGAACAGCGGAUGGCGUUCGCCGCUCAGCUGAAGCAGCUGUACUACCCCGAUUCCGAACCGGGCGUAGACAAUCUGGGUGGUUUCAUCGACAUGGCAUCGGAUCGUGUGUUUUGGCAUGGUUUACAUCGUUCCAUUCUGGCACGCGCAUCGCAGCAGGGACCGGGGGUUAAAACAUUCGUCUAUCGGUUUGCCGUGGAUUCGCCAUUCUUCAAUCACUAUCGGAUCCACAUGGUUGACCCCGACAUACGUGGUACAUCGCACGCGGACGAGAUUUCGUAUCUGUUUUCGAACAUUUUUGCCACUGCGCUGGAUCAGGGCACGAUGGAAUAUCGUGCGAUUCGAGAGUUCGUGGACAUUUUUACCAGCUUUGCUGCUAACGGUGAUCCGAAUUGUUCCAGCACCGCGAACGUAACAUGGAGUGCCGUGCCGGAAACGGUUCCUCCGUACGAAUGUUUGAACAUUGGCAACGAUGGCAUCACCGUUCAGGAGCUGCCCGAAGGCAAACGGCUGAAGGUGUGGGACUCGUUCUACGCGAAUGAUACGCUGUUCUGAAAUGGAGAUUAUAGCGAGUCGAAUAUCGAACUGAAUAAAUUCAAAUGAACUGGAUGGUACACCGGUGCUGAACAGACUCACCACCGAUUAACAA